CAAUCUGAUGAUAGAGUAUAAUAAAAACCAUACAAAAGCCAAAGGUGCUUCUCCCCUGCUUAUUCUUCUUCCUCCUCUUCCCACCAAUCUCAAUCAAGGCCGGCAUAUUUUUAUGUCUUCACGACCUCAAAUACACAACACUAGUUAAAAUCCUUUCCCCAUUUCCCCCAAAAUCCCCUAAGUUCUUUCAUUUCUGCAACUCUACUAAAAGAAGUUUCAAUUUUGAUGUCUGCGACCCUAGAAGAACAUGAUUACAUAGGCUUAUCAGGGAUUCCUUCAAUGGAGACCUCCGAGAAACUCCUUCAAGGCAGUGAGAUAAACAAAGGUCUGAACUUGAAAGCCACGGAGUUGAGGCUUGGACUGCCUGGUUCUGAAUCGCCUGAGAGAGAUUUGACCCAUCUCAAGGGUUUCAUUUCUGGAGCCAAAAGGGGAUUCUUUGAUACCACCAUUAAUAGUGCUUCUGGUUCUGGCAAGUGGGUUCUCUCUGGAAACGAUGGAUCUGAGCUAGAUUUGAGCAAAAAUGGUGGAUUGUUCUCUCCAAGAGGUGCUAACAGUAGCCGGAAUGAUAUUGUUCCUGAGAGUAACUAUCAGAAGUCUGUUUCUUCUGUGAAAGAUGCCAUCAUCCCUGUCUCACCUAAACCUGCACCUGAGAGGAAACCUCAGAUUACUGCACCAGCUGCCAAGGCUCAGGUUGUGGGAUGGCCACCGGUUCGAUCUUAUAGGAAGAACUCAAUGGCUAGCGGUAAUCUUACUAAGAAGAAUAGUGACGAAUCUGAUAAUACCAAAUUGACAUCGGAUAACAAUGGGUUUUAUGUGAAAGUGAGUAUGGAUGGAGCUCCAUACUUGAGGAAAGUUGAUCUGAAUGUCUACUUAAGUUAUACAGAACUAUCGUCGGCCUUAGAAAAGAUGUUUAGCUGCUUUACAAUUGGGAAAUGCAGUAGUAGUCAUGGUGAUGGAUUGAGUGCAAGCAAAUUAAUGGAUCUUCUUCAUGGGUCUGAGUAUGUGCUUACCUAUGAAGACAAGGAUGGUGACUGGAUGCUUGUUGGAGAUGUCCCAUGGCAAAUGUUCAUGAACUCUUGCAAGAGGAUGAGGAUCAUGAAAAGUUCUGAUGCAAUUGGGUUAGCCCCAAGAGCCAUGGAGAAACGCAAAACCCUUGAUUAGAGAGCAGACUUAUCCUAGUAAUAAUUGAUCUAUCCACGACCAAUCGGGUAUGAUCAUCAUCGUCAUCAUGUAAUUUGGAUUCUACUUUUUUUUUGUGUUUUUAUAUUUGUCCUGUUUUAAAUUAUUAAUGUAUGUUUGAGACAAACGAACAAAAGAACAUGUUUAUUAGAGACGCAUGUAUCUAUGAUAAACAAUUCUUCAUCAAUCGUGAAUCGCGGUUGAUAGUCCUUUCAUUU